ACCGCGUUUCCUCGUACGAUCCAGCCGCAAAAAAGGAAACAAUAAUCACCUCGUUAUAUAGUCCGCGUUCGAUCCGCACAUGACAUUUCCCCCGCGAAGACCAUCCACAAUGAACACGAACGUCAGUUUCAUUUUCAUCAUCUCGCGACUCGUUUACCUGUUGCCGAUGACUCUGCUCAUUUUCCCGAAUCAGUAUAAGUCCAACGCCGAACGACAUUACCCUAACCUAUACGGCUACCGUUCCAAUACGUCGAUAUUUGAGAACAUGUUCGGUGCCGCGAUAGGAGGUCUAAACUUCCUGUUCGCCAACCAACAAUUUCUAGCAGCCGCCCAGCCGGACACGACACCUCCAUCCAACUCUGUCUACGACUUCAUCGUCGUGGGUGCAGGAACAGCGGGUGCUACAGUAGCUUCCAGACUCAGCGAGAUCGACGGUUUCAGGGUGCUGCUGAUAGAAGGUGGGCCUGAGGAGACCCUGUUCAUGGACGUGCCCGUAGCGGCCAAUUUUAUUCAGCGCAUCAACGAGAUAGACUGGAAGUACGAGACUGAGCCAUCCAACAAGUACUGCAAGGGUAUGAAAGGUCACAGGUGCAAGUGGCCCAGGGGCAAGGUGAUGGGCGGCAGUAGCGUUCUGAACUACAUGAUCGCUACCAGGGGUAACCCGAAGGACUAUGACGAAUGGGCCCAACAGGGGAACAAGGGAUGGGCGUACAAGGACGUGCUGAAGUACUUCAAGAAGCUGGAGAACAUGCAGAUACCGGAAUUGAGGAACGACAGAAAAUACCACUACACCGGUGGUCCCGUGACCAUAAGCUACGCUCCGCACAAGUCGCCUUUGCUGAACGCGUUCCUGGAGGCUGGCCAGGAACUGGGAUACCCGUUGGUGGAUUACGACGGGGAGAAACAGAUCGGUUUUUCGCAAGUGAAAUCCACCACGUUGGAAGGAUACCGCAUGAGCAGCAACAGGGCUUAUCUGCACAACAGGCGGCGCAGGAAUUUGCACGUGACGAAAAUGAGCAUGGUGCACAGGAUACUGAUCGAUAAAAAGAGGAAGCAAGCUGUCGGGGUGCAGUUCGUGAAGUACAAUCGUCGUAUAACGGUGUACGCGAGGAAGGAGGUGAUUUUGUGCGCUGGUGCCAUUGGGUCGCCUCAGUUGUUGAUGCUGUCUGGAAUAGGACCCGCCGAACACUUGAAAAAGCUCGGUAUCGACGUGGUGAAGGAUUCCAGGGUCGGGGAUAAUCUAAUAGAUCACAUAGCGUAUGGGGGAAUCGUGUUCACUCUUGACGAGCCUGUCAGUGCUGUGAUGCACACUCUGGCGGACAUCACGCAACCUUACGCCAUGGAUUUUCUGUUGAAUCGUAAAGGACCGUUCACGGUCAGCGGUGGAGUUGAAGCGCUUGGGUUUGUGAAUGUGGAUGAUCCGAAGGAUCACGACGGACUACCGAACAUAGAGUUCAUGUCGCUUAUGGGAUCUGCGUAUACGAUCAGAGCUAAUGUAGAGAACUUUGGAUUCAAUCAGGAAAUAACUGAUAAGUUCGCGGCGUUUCAAGGCACACACACUUGGGGUACAUUCCCGAUGCUGCUGAAACCGAACAGUCGAGGGUGGAUAAGGCUGAAGUCCAAGAACGCGAACGUUAAACCGAGUAUUGUUGCCAACUAUUUGGACGACGCCGAAGAUAUCAGAGUCAUACUGAAAGGCAUCAGAAUGGCACUACGAAUCGGUCAAACGAAAGCUAUGAGGAAACUCGGUGCGAAGUUUUAUAAUAAAACGGUGGCCGAGUGCGAGAAAUAUCCGUUCGAUUCUGAUGACUACUGGCUGUGUAACACCAGAAUGGAGACCCUGACUAUUUAUCACUAUUGCGGAACCUGUAAAAUGGGUCCCGUCAGCGAUAAGACUGCGGUCGUCGAUCCAACUCUGAAGGUGAUUGGAGUUAAAGGACUCAGAGUAGCAGAUGCAUCCAUAAUGCCAGACAUUCCAAGAGGCCACACAAAUAUCCCAGUAUUCAUGAUCGCCGAAAAGUGCUCCGACAUGAUAAAAACAGAGUGGGGCUAUCCCAGCAAUGACGCAGUAUAAUACUUCAAGUCAUCCUCCCAACCUUGUACAUAAAACCUAAAGACCUUUUUUAAACCGAAAUAAAUUGUCGUAGAACUAAAAAACUGUGCCCA